AUGCCUAUCAAGAUACCCGGCUUCGGCCGCCGCAAGUCUGGCCCUGUCCUGGACGAGACGCCGCCGCCAGAGCCCUCGUUCCGCGUCUUCGAACGGCCGCCUCACCGGGCCAGUCACUCCUUCGACUCCGUCUCUGCGCUCAAGAAGGCCGCGGCCGCAGACGACCCGGACCCUGACAACAUCUUUGCCGGCAUCCAGAAGCCCGCCCCGGCCAGCAGCAGCACCUCCCACGUCCCCGGAACCGCCGUUAGCUCGAGAACCGGCAAGCUGGCCGGCUCCUCCAACGGCUCCUCGAGCAAGCCCUACGAUAGCUCCAGCGCCUCGUCCGCCAGAUACAGCUCCUCGUCCACCCUACCUUCGUCGACAGACCAUUCCCCCCACGAUGCCAUCCCAGUGCCGCCCAUCCCGGAGUCGCCCUUCUCCUUCUCCAUUCGCGCUUCGGGCAGGACGUUCUCCUUUGGCUCCAAGGCCUCCAAGACCUCGACGCCCCGGAAGUCCGAGAGCACCAACCGGGAACGGGCCAUGACAAACAGCACCACCAGCACGGCUACUCCGCCCAAGCUCAUGGAGACUGACCUCUCCCUCGAGGGCUCCGGCGAGAUGGGCAACAUCUUCGAAGGUGUGGGUGUCGACAAACGCCGGAGCAGAGUACUGGAAAAUAUACCAACCAAUAUUCCGCAGCCAGGGAGACCUGCUCCGAGCGUGCCGGCAAAGGAUAAAAGGGUGGUGUCUCCUUCGCCCCUGUCUCCCCUGUCCUCGAACCACAGCCGGAAUUCUCGAGACAGCCUCAUUGCGGCUGACGACUUUGCCCUCUCCCAGAAGCUCGCCAGCCAAUUACAAAACGUAGAGCUGAAUGAGUCUAGCCCCAACAACGCCAGAGCUACUACUGCUGCAGCCUCGAGCAUGCCCAAUUCUCGCUCUACGCCCAACAUCUACUCCUCGACAGACAGGGACAGGUUCCGAGACCUUCGUGACCGUGACCGUGAUCCGGAAGUGUCCUCGCUCUUCUCCAGUGACAAGGACUUCUCCGCCGUGCCCCGUCAGCCAUACCACAGCUCUUCUUCCUUCCGCAAAAAUAUACCCCCCAGCGCCUCCAUGAACUCCCACUAUGCCUCCUCCCUCGCCUCGUCCAAGACCGGCAACAAGGUCAUGACUCCCGCCCAGUUCGAGCGGUACCAGCAGCAACAAGCCCAGAGGGCCCCCAGCGAGCCCAGCUCCGACGAAGAAGACGAGAUCGAAAGCGAAGACGACGAAGAUGAGACCGAGAAGAGGAAGCAGGCCGCCGCCCAGAGACAGAAGCAGGAAGCUCAUCUGUCCGUCUACCGCCAGCAGAUGAUGAAGAUCACCGGCGAGCAGAAGAAGGCGUCCACCAACGGCCCGGCCGGAAGCGCUGAGUCUGUUGCCGGUAACCCGAACCGCAGGUCGGUGCUCGACCCCAUGGAGGUGGCCAACUCCAAUAACAACAAUAAUACCAAUAAUAAUCUUAAUAUAAACACCGCCUCCAGCUCCCCCGGCGUCUCCCCGGGCCUCCCCCCAGGCGUUGGGCUCUCAAAAUCCUCCCCUUCAGACGGCGAAGAAGACGACGAUGUGCCUCUGGGUAUCCUCGCUGCCCAUGGCUUUCCUCACCGCAACCGUCCGCCCACUCACCUGGCUGCGUCUCGCUCCAAUCCAAACCUGAAUGCAUCCUUCCAGGCAGGGGCUGCCUCAAUUGCGGGCAUGCAGGAAGGCCCGUCAAAACGAAGCACCCUGCCUGUCUUUGCCCGAAACCUGCCCAAGGACCCGUACUAUGGCUCCAGCCUCGUCAACCCGUCCCAUCGUGAAUCCCUGGCUCUCGGCGGUGGUGCUCCGGGAGUGAACCUCAACACUGUCAAUCUCGGUCCUCCAGGCCUUCCCCCCGGUGGCCUGGUCGGUGUCAUUGCCUCUGAGGAACGAGCUCGUGCAAUGCGUCGUGGCAGUCCCAAUGCACAGGGCGUCUAUGACCUGUCCCCUGCUCCUCAGGUCCAUACCAACUUCCUUGCUCCACAGCCCCAGAUGCAGAUGGGCGGUCUCCUGGGCCAGCUACAGCAGCAUCAGCAAGCUCAGGCCGGCAUGGUCAGCGGAAUGAACACCAACGGGCUAAUAGGUGGUGCUGGAACAAUAAAUCCCCAUCACCAUCACCAUCCGUACCCGCAGCCAGGCAGCGUCGGUGGACCGGCAGAUCAGACCCAGAUGCAGGUCUCCCAGCAAAUGACAAACAUGAUGCAGAUGCAGAUGCAAUGGAUGCAACAGAUGAUGCAGAUGCAAGGGGCCCAGCAGCAGCAGCCUCCACCGCCAGGAGGCCCAAUGCCAAACCUCAACAUGAACGCAAGCUCCGCGUCUCUCCUGCAGCCGCCCAACCCCAACCAGCGGCCCUUCUCUAUGGCCUCCACCUCCACACCCUCUCAGUUCCGUGGGCCGCCACAGGUCGAUCACCGAACUCUCAGCAUGCUCGACCCGUCCACCGCCAGCGCCUACCAGAACCCCGGAAACCGCGCUUCGUUCCUCAUGACGCCCGACAUGUCUGGUCCCUCACUCGGCAUGGGGAUGGGAAUGGGCAUGGGCAUGGGCGGCGGCUUGGGCUCCGGACCAGCACCAGGCUACACUCCCUCCGUCGCCCCCUCUGAACGCAGCAACAUCGGCGCCGCAUCCCGCUACCGCCCUGUUUCAACCAUCGCCCCUCAAGCCAAUGGCACCAACCGCUCCUCAACAUUCACAGGCCACACCCUCCGACCCUGGGCUGAAGAACGACCACCACCACUAGGCCAAAUACUUGCCAACAAGUCGAAUACCAACCUAAGCGCCACCACACCUUCGACCUCCGAGACCACCCCCACCGUACGCCCCGUCAGCUCCAUAAAUCGCCGUGCGUCUCCAAUGGGACUGGGUAACGGCAGUCGGGGAUCUAUAGCCGGUCUACCAACCACGCCCGGAACAGGCGAAGAAGACGAAGACGACGAGCAGGGAUGGGCUGAGAUGAUGAAGAACCGCGAAAAGAAGAAGACUGGCUGGAAGUUUAGGCGUGGUGGUGCCAGCGGCCAUGACGGCUCGUUGGGCGACUACGUUCAUCCCACCGCCAUAUAA